AUGUUGCCCGGUCCAGAAACCGGGACGCCGCUUCUUCCAACUGUCGGUUCAGAGGCGCACCAAAUACACAAUCUCACCACUCCUCGUGACAUGACUCUCUCGGCGAAUGGUCUCCCAUCGUCGUCCCUGGAUUUUUUGGCUGAUAUAUCAGUGCGCGCUGGGCCCGAUAUCAAUUCCAUGAUACUCGAUGAGCAGCAGACCUACUUCGGAUGGAAUGAAGUGACUCCCGGUGAUCAAAAUGCGCAGCGGAAUAGCAUAACCUUUGACACCGUGCCAAAUGAUAUGCUACAGCUGUGGCUCGAGCCGCGUACGGACACAGGAUCCAAUCACGGCUCUUUGGAUCUGAUGAGAGAUGGCCAUUUCCCUAUCAUAAGCGAAAACGCAGUGCUCACGCCGGAUCAACAGAACCGCAACUCUGUCGAUAGCGGCAAAUCGGGAUGUGAUAACAUUCCCACUGAACGUUUUACCAAAGUUCAACGGUGUUGGCUUGCACCGCCGAAUCACACUGGCCGACUCAUGAACAGUCUGUGGCGGGACAUUGUCUACACAGAUGGAGACAAUCUCUUUUCGCUGAACUCACCAUAUGUAGCAGAAGAUUCUGGCCUGCUCCAAGGAUCUCGUUGUGGCGUAGACGAUGAUUGCAGGAGACGCCUUCAGGCAGCGUUCGGUCAGGCCUUUGCCUACCCGCAAAUGCAGUCACCACGCAAUGAGGGCACGUCCCCGUCUACGACCGGCUCGGCCUCUAUGACUUUUGCCAAUUUCCCUCCUGCAGAGAUUCUAGACAUGGCGCUAGAUCUUUACUUCCGCACGUUCCACCCGCUCGUGCCGUUUGUUCACCUUCCUACCUUUUCCGCUAAGAAAACGCGCCUUCCUCUGCUCUACGUGAUGUGCCUCAUCGGCAUGAUGCUGCUGGGAACUAAAGGCACGGCCAGUUUUGUAUCGAAGAACUUUACUCAUAUGCUCGAGAAAGUAACGGCCGACCUUGCCAAGUGCACCAUGGGAAUUGAGUCUCCAGCCAGCGCAAUGUCCAUUUUUGCUACAGCUUUCUUGUUCCUCAACCUCGCUGUUCUCACUGGGGAGAAACAUCAUCUGGAACAAUGUCAGAUGCUCUAUGUGAAUCUCAUGUCGAUCACUCAACGCCACGGACUCUUCGCUGCAACUGAGGGCCAGAUACUCGAUAUGAGCCUGUUUGAAAUGGUGCCCGACAUCGACAUGCGCUGGAAGGCAUGGUCGAAAGUCGAGACCUGCAAGAAAAUUAUUAUCGGGUUGCUGUUUUUAGACUCCUGGUAUUCCGCUCUCCUCUCGACAAGCCCUAUCAUAGUCCCCGACUCGAUCCAGAUCAUCAUGCCCUGCAACGAAGCCCUUUUCAAAGCUCAUUCAUCCAUACGUUGGACCCAGCUCAUCCGUAGCGGCAAGCGGAUCCUGAUGCCCACGGCGCUGGCGCCGUCGGAAAACAUCAAUAUUCCCGCCCUCGAAGGGCCUAUGGAUGAACUAUGUAUCCAGACUGUCCUGGCGAUGAUUCAACUCCGCCAGUCUGAAGCCUACCAUCGCCUCCUCUCCAAUCGCGCAAGCUAUCCGUUUGCCCCGUGCCAUACAUACGCUAUGGACGGCCGCGCGAGAUGCCUUCCUUCUUUGCAGUCUCAGAUCUCAAGCACCUACGGUGAAGCAAUGGAACGACUAAACCCCAACGCCCUCGUCAUGUGGCAUCAUAUGUGCAUGAUGCUCACGGCCGAUAUCCAGAUCUUCGACUUCGCUGCUGGACGGGCUGGGCCGGGCCCGGCACGAAAAGCACUCGAUGACAUCGCUGAAUGGUCACAGACACCCGCCGCGAGAAGAGCGUGCUUGCACGCCGCCCACAUCUACAAAGCCAUGACCAACCGCAAGGCCUCCGAUCAUCCUACCUUCCACUCUGUCUUCUCGCUCUUCUCCGCGGCCCUCAUCCUUGGUCUCUACACAUUCAUGGCCCCUGGCUCUGCUAGUGGGCUGUCCAGCGUUGGCUCUAUCGAGUUGAUGGAUGAUAUUGAUUGGCAACAGGUUGGCACGGAGGGGUUUACGAGCUUUAUGGAGCCGCGGGGUAGUCAGGCAUUCUCACCGACCAACGAUCCAGCAGUGAAUUUCAUCCGCAAUGGAGCAACGAUUUACUUGCGCGGCGUACCCGUUCAGGGUGGGUAUCAGUCUGCUCGGCGGAUUCUUCUUGAUUAUGCGAACCUGCUCAAAGACUCGGGGAAAUGGAGUGUCAAGAAAUUCUCAUAUGUCCUUCAUAUUAUGAGUGACGUUUUGAUGGACGUGGAGUGA